GAGGCUGAGUAAUCGAGAACAGCAGUUUGCAUUUGCAAAGAGAUUCACUGUCUCUUUCUUAAAGGCGCAGGCGGAACCGUGGGAUUGCAAGAGAGGAAUAUUGCAAUCUUUUAUUUUUGCUUGGUUGAGGAGAGAUAGGUAACAUGUGAAACAUUCAGUUGAACAUUUAAAAAAACGCCAUUUUGCGAGCUUAUUUUCCUUCAUAAGAAUUUUCUUCCACUUUUGUAUCUCUCCAAAGAAGUGCUAGAUUGCCAUGGCUUCCAAGCUUCUGCGAGCUGUUGUCUUAGGUCCCCCAGGCUCUGGCAAAGGAACUGUGUGUGAGAGGAUCGCCAAGAACUUCGGCCUCCAGCAUCUUUCCAGUGGGCAGUUCUUGAGGGAGAACAUCAGAGCAAACAGUGAAGUCGGUACUUUGGCAAAGCAGUAUCUGGAGAGAGGCCUUUUGGUGCCAGAUCAUAUAUUCACACGUGUAAUGAUGACAGAAUUGGACAAAAUGCACUCUCAGCCUUGGCUACUUGAUGGUUUUCCAAGAACACUGGGUCAAGCUGAAGCACUUGACAGAAUAUGUGAGCUGGAUCUAGUGAUAAGUUUGAACAUCCCAUUUGAGACUCUAAAAGACCGCCUAAGUGCACGUUGGAUUCAUCCAGCUAGUGGGAGAGUAUAUAAUAUGGACUUCAACCCACCUCACAUACAUGGGAUUGAUGAUAUUACUAGUGAGCCAUUGAUCCAGCGAGAAGAAGAUCAACCUGAAGCUGUUGCUGCUAGACUAAGAAAAUACAAAGAUGCUGCAAAGCCUGUAAUGGAAUUGUACAAAAACAGAGGGAUCCUACACUCCUUUUCUGGGACUGAGACAAACAAAAUCUGGCCUUAUGUGUACACCCUGAUAUCCAGCAAAAUUCCUCCAAUCCAAGCUGAAGAAGCAAACUAAACAUCUCCUGAACAGGAACCAGAUUUAAUAUAGUCAAUUUUGCUUUUGCUUUGUUUAUAAUGUUCUGUUAUGUGUGCUCUGUUCCUUUUAGAAAGUCACUGCUCCUUGGUUUUACUGGAGAAUUGCUAUGAAAAUACAUCCUCUUUGAAAGAUUUCUAUAUAUGGAACUUGGUUCUUAGUAUAUAAAGUAUUUGUUUAUAGACUCCAAGUAAUUGUAAUUGCUAUGCAGAGACAGAUAUUUCUUAGCAGGUCUAUAGAACCUGUUGCCCAUUCUUUCUCCUCAAACACAAGUACCAGUGUGCCAUUUUAUGUAUAUUUGGAAACAUUUUCCUCAGCAGCAAUUUAAAAAUAUUUUUUUGCUCUAAAUGUAUGUGCAAUGCAUCAAGCACUCUUGAAAAUACAUAUUAUGCACACAUUUGAAUAUUUACAAAAUGGGAGAAUGAAACUCAUGGUGGUUUAAAUGUUUCAAAGGCUAUAUAUUAGAGUUGGUGGCAUAACUUUAGGCCAUCCUGUAGAUCAGGUUUAUGGAAGCAGCCUAUUCUGGAUCUAGAGAUAAUUGCACUACUUGAUUAGAACUUCUGUAGCUUUAAUAAUAGACAGUAUUAAAACCUGCCACUUAAAGGCCAAUGCAGCCUCUUACAAUAUCUUGCAUUUUGUAAUUAAGUUGUUUCUCAAGCAAAAGUUCAUGUGUUCAAACAUCACAUCAGAUCCAGGGGAUCAUUGAUAUGGUAAAGAGCAAAUUUCCAUUUAUAUGUAGGCUGGGAAAAGGGUCAUCACAAUUUUGGAAAUCAUUGCUUAUUUAUAUCUAUGCAUGUUGAGUUUGUUCAUGGAAGUCAUGUCAGGAUUGCUCAUAUGUGCAGACAACUAUUGCAUAUACUGAGAAACUUGGGGUGCUUCCAGGUGAAGUUUUCAUCAUGCCAUCACUGCCUUAUUUCUGGAAUUGGAUAGGGUUAUUUAUAGUCAUAUAUUUUCAUGCAGUGUCUUCCACCUUAUAUCUGUGAAAUAAAUGGAAUAGCUGCACAAUGCUUUGUGACUGUUCAUAGUAGGACAGUUCCAUCUGAAAGCAUCCUUAGUUCAAUUGCUUGCUUGCUUUUUUAUCACCUCUGUAGAGGAUGACUUGUACUGCUGUUAUGCCUAAGGUCCUUUCUCUCCUCUGUGAGUAGGGGCUAUUCUAUUUCAGUUUCCCCAUUUGCCUGUCUUUCAAGGAUUGCCACAUAAUAAAAUGAAAGCAGCGA